AAAACAAAUUCUGAAAGAAAUCUUUACAUCUGCUUUGUUUAUGUUUUCAAGCACAAGCAUCGGUAGUAUGAAAGUUUUCAUUGAAAUGAUUCUUCCUCCGUCUUCUUCUUCGCCUUUGUGGAGGAAAGAGGAAAGAACUGUUUUGUAGAUGGGAUUAGGCUUUUUAAACGAUUUUUUUUAUGUCAGGACCUUAUAUCCAUUCAGUCUGCAACAAUUUGUGUCGAUGAAUUUUUGCGUAUUUGCCGGUGUUUUUUACUGUGAGCUUCGUGAAGGCCACGCGCAUAAGAGUAUUAAAAUGAGGAGUGAUUUAAUUGCUUGGAAGGUUCAGUACAGCGUGUUAUAGUUAAAUAGAACCUCAAAAAAUAUUAAACAGGUUGCACGAGAUUGCAAUUACCAGAUGCCUUCUCCAUCCAGUCCAUUAGAAUAUCGGCCAACCCCUCAUCUUGUUCUUAUCAUUAUUUUCAUUUUCUUUCCACUCAUAUAUUUAUGUGGUCGACUGGCUAUCACAUCAUGUUUUAUAUUAGCAUUUGUCCUUAAAUCCAUGUUUUCACCAAUUUUGCAUUUGUUUUACGGGAAUGAAUUGAUUCCCUUACCACGGAUCACUCGAUAUGUUUCACCAGUUCGAAUACUGACAAAUACGAUGCAGGAAGUACGGGUAGAACAAUCUUCGGAUGAACAGCUUACUGAUGAAAGCGAUAGGGAAUGUGAACUAAUCAGCACUGAUGACUUUAUCGAAGCGCAACCUAAAACUUCAACUAAUAUGCAAGCCAUCCAAUCUUCCGACCUAGAGAUUCAAACAGAAGACCUGCAUGAUUCAGAACAUGAUUCUGGUAAUGAUGAAGACCACUCCGCAUUAUCCGUGAUCUCAACAGCGACAGCUUCCACAGACGUGAUGGAAGCGGGAAGUAUGCCAAAUCAUGAUAAUUUUAAUGGAAGUGUGCAGUGGCAUCGAGAUAAUACUUCUUAAUAAAUAACGGGUAGGAAUAGUCGAAGGCAAAUCAACAGUGUGGUGCUCCUAUUAAUUAGGAUUUUAUUGUAUAUUUGUCUCUCAGAAAGCUUUAAUAAGCUCUUGUCCACUUUACUGAAAGUAAUUUUCAAGUUUGCAAAAUACCUGAUUAAUCUUUUGCUGAUAUAUUUAUUAUUCAUCAGUACAGAUUUCUUCUGAUUUUAUUUCCGAUGAAAUGUCUUCAACGGAAUGAAGUGUUUAUUUUAACAUUUCAGAAAGAUAGGUAAUUCCUUCCAAACUCUUUGAGUGAAAACGCGACGGAUACUCCACUCAUAUGUAUGGAUAAAUGAAAAAUUCCAUGAUUCCACCUGUAUCGCUCAACCGUCUAGCAGUUCCCAUCUUUUUCGUUUCGUGAUUGUUACACUUUCACACAGAUUGUUCCAGCUGAAUUCCAUUCUGUCCGGCAGUUUUUAGAAAUAUAAUGAUCUCUUUUAUACGAUGUAAUGUUUCCUGAUAAAGAUAUUAUUUCGCAUGUUGUCGCGACUUAAAACCGUAGAAGGGG